AAGCAUGCGAAGUGUUGGAAACUUAAAACGGAAACAAAAGGACCAAAAUUUCCAUUUCUUUGCUGAUUUCCUCAUCAAUUUCUUCUUGGAUCUUCCUUCCUUCCUUCCUUCCUUUCUCCUCCGUGAAUGAGAUUUGUAGGUUCAACAAUGGUUCCGCAUCUUCAAAUCCCUUGAGCUCUUCAAUUCAAUUUUGCUUCCUUUAAUGGAACUUGUGAAACAGUGACUGUGUGUAGUCUACACUGUGGGUUGCGCCGUUGAGGAGCUCCAUUUUGGUUUACUGUAAUGGCGUCGUCUCUGGAUGAACACCUCCUCACCAACGCUUCAAUUGGAGUCGGAACCGUUGUUGAUUCCAGAGGAAAGCACCGCAUUCUCGCCGAACUCAAGCGUCUUGAACAAGAACUCAGAUAUUUGCAGGAAGAGUUGGAUGAAGUUGAGAAAAUGGGAAACAUCUCAUCGAUAUGCAAAGACUUGCUUCCCUGCAUCGAAACCAAAACAGACCCACUUUUACCCGUGCUGAAUGGUGUUGUAAAUCCAUCAUGGAAUCGUUGGUUUGAAGGAUCCCCAAGCUCACCAGAAUGUAGCUGCUGGAUUCUCUAAACAACUGACAAUUGUUCCCUUUAAAUUUUGGAAGGAUCCCAAUCUAUAACAAACUAAUCGACCUCUUCAAAUGCCAAGGCUUGGAUUUCUCAAUGCCACAUAACGAAGAAUAGUUAGCUUCAUGAUAAUUGAUCAUUACCCUUUCUUGAUAGUAUGACUUGUGUAAUAUCUUUUCACUCUGCUUGGGACAGAAAUUGUUCUUGCUCCAUUGAGGUUGGAUUCUGGAAGUAACCCAAUGGGCCAAAGACAAUCCUAGCCCAGGCCCAUAUAUAUGGUUUAGGCUUGUCUUAUUUGGGCCUUGAUUUUGUUAACUCUGAUUUGGCCCAUAACUAGAUUUGACAAUUAACUUCUAGUAGCUUGCAUAAAACAUCUUGGUUGUUCUUA